CAGUACAGCACGACAAAAUAUUGAAUAAUAAAAAAAAAAUCGAAAACAAAAUUUCUUCGCAAAUAUAAUUUGUCAAUUGUUUUUUGCGUGGAAUAUUACCGCAAAUAAUUAAAAUAUUUCCAAAUUUUGAGCUAAAUACAGAAGUUAUUAAAGUACAUAAGAACCCGUAUUCGUAGUUGUUAUUGUCACGUGUCAAAGGCACAAAUAAAGUUUUUCCUACUGAACAAUUAAAAACUAGGUGACUGCAUUUCUAAUGAAUUCGAUUUGUUUCUUUUUCUUUCUAUAAAUAAACAGUGAAGUGUUACAAAAAAGUGCAAAUAAAUCAAUUUUUUUAAGUUUUUGACUUGCAAGUGUUCAACUAAUUAAUUUAUGUGUUUACUGUGAAUAAAAAUAAGCAGAAAGAAAAGCAAUUUAUGGGUGUGUUCGGUGCCUAGGAGUAAUAAGAAUAUAAUGUCGUUUGUAAGUGGCACGACGGGAAAUGAAGCAGCCCAAAAGUUUUUGGAGGUGCUUCAGUCGGACUUUAAGAAUCUCGGCAUCGAGACCAAAAAGAAAUAUCCACAAAUCAAAGAGUCAUGCGAAGAGGCAAUAAUGAAGUUGAAAAGUGCGGCAGCAAAUCCGCAGACCCCAGUUUACUAUGUGGUUAAUCAAAUACUGUACCCUUUGGUACAAGGUUGUGAAUCAAAAGACCUGAAAAUCAUUAAGUUCUGUCUUGGUAUGAUGCAACGACUGAUUACACAACAAGUGGUUGAUCAAAAAGGUGCCAGGUACAUAACGGAUACGCUCUGGAUGUUAAUGGAACACAGCAUCGAAGAAGUGAAAGUACUUCAAACUGUCACAUUGCUACUGACAACAAAUGCGGUUGUUCAUGGCGAAACACUAGCCAAAGCGUUGGUGCUUUGUUUUCGAUUGCAUUUUACGAAAGAUUCGACAACCAUAAAUACGGCUGGCGCAACCGUACGUCAAUUGGUGUCGUUGGUGUUUGAAAGGGUUGUUGUUGAAGAGACGGGAAGUGGUGAAGUGGAAAACAGAGAAGUUAACAUCGAAGAGUUAAAACUGGCAACCAGCGUUGCACCGAAGGGCUUGAAACCUUGCGCAGCCGAUGCAUAUCUUCUAUUUCAGGAUUUAGUUCAACUGGUGAACGCUGAUCAACCGUAUUGGUUACUCGGAAUGACCGAAAUGACACGAACAUUUGGACUCGAGCUGCUCGAAACGGUUCUGACAUCAUUCACAAGUGUUUUCUUCAAAAAUCCCGAAUUCUCUUUUCUGCUAAAAGAACGUGUGUGUGCAUUGGUCAUCAAACUAUUUUCGCCAAACAUAAAAUAUCGUACAAUGGUCUCACCGAACGCUCAGCAAGCGGCUCCGCAUGACAAACCUUAUUUUCCUAUUAGCAUGCGACUGCUGCGCGUUGUGUCGAUCCUAAUACAAAAGUAUCAUUGCUUAUUAGUCACCGAAUGUGAAAUUUUCCUAUCACUGAUCGUCAAGUUCUUGGACCCGGACAAACCAUUGUGGCAAUGCUCAUUGGCUUUAGAAGUAAUACAUAAAAUGACUGUACAACCGGAUCUGUUGACGUCGUUCUGUCGCUGCUAUGACUUGAAAGAUCAUGCCACGAACAUAUUCCAGGAUAUCAUCAUCUCAUUGGGAGCAUUCGUACAAACAAAUGCCGCACAAUCACAAUCACAAACUCUGAUGGGUGGACUUCCCGUUGGGCCUGGAGUAUCACCACAGCCAGGAUUUCUGUUUCGUGGAGUAUGGUUGCCAUUAGUCGCAACUUUCCCGAUAGGCCAGUCAAAGUCCACUUACGUUGAGAUGUUAGACAAAAUGGAACCACCAACUAUACCAGAUGGUUAUGGAAUUUCUAUUGCAUACGCUUGUUUGUUGGACAUUGUGCGUUCGAUAUCGCUAGCUAUCGAAGGACCGUCCACGUUGGGCGAGGAAAAAGUUCCUCCGUACAAAGACCGAGUAUCGGAAGAAAACCGAACACUUCACACUCAACUCAUUACAUCCAGUUGGUGUGGUCUUCUAGCUGCAUUAACUCCAUUAAUUGACGCAGCAACUGAUGAAUCAGUUACCGAAAACGUGCUAAAGGCAAUGCAAAACUACGCUGCAUUAUGUGGAUUACUUGAACUGCAUACGGCUCGUGAUGCAUUCAUUACGGCUAUUUGUAAAUCAUCGUUGCCACCCCAUUACGCAUUGUCCGUUCUGAAUAUGGGAUAUCAAAUGGCCGGUGUCAAAAUGCAUUCGAGGACAAGCAGUCAGGACUUGGGCAAUCAAUACAUCGCACAGUGUGGAGAAAAUGAUUUUCGUCAUCAGGUUGUGGCUGUCGGUACGCCGCUACCGUCUCUACCAAUUGCAGGCGCUCAACAAGGUCCGGUAAUGCUUACAGCGAAAAAUCUGCAUUGCAUGCGAACAUUGCUACACUUAGCGCACUGUCAUGGUAGCAUACUCGGUACCUCUUGGCAUAUUGUGCUGGCGACGCUUCAGCACUUGGUUUGGAUUUUGGGUUUGAAACCGUCCACUGGCGGAAGUCUACAGGCAACACCCAAACCAACAAUUGAUACCAAUGCCGGAAUCACAACAGCCGUAAUGGCCGAUUUGCCGGUUCUUUCUCAAAUGCUUAGUCAACUAUUUGAGUCGAGUCAAUUUUUGGACGAUGUUGCUUUGCAUCAUCUGAUCGAUGCGCUGUGCAAACUGUCCCAAGAAGCAAUGGAACUGGCAUAUUCGAACCGAGAACCGUCUCUGUUUGCUGUGGCUAAGCUACUGGAAACCGGUUUGGUAAAUUUGCCACGCAUCGAGGUUCUUUGGCGGCCACUUACCAAUCAUUUGUUAGAAGUUUGCGGCCAUCCACACAUCCGAAUGAGAGAAUGGGGUGUGGAAGCAAUUACUUAUUUAGUCAAGGCGGCCUUACAAUUUAAAUACGAAAAACCGCUGAAGGACAACUUGACCUUGCAAACGUUGCUGUUGAAUCCAUUAGCUGAACUGUCGUCCGUCCCGCACGGAGAUGUGCGACAACGUCAAUUGGAAUGUGUCCUACAAGUUCUAAACGGAGCGGGCGAAACAUUGUCCCAUGGCUGGCCGUUCGUUUUGGGCAUUAUCGGAGCGGUGAAUGAUCAUCACGGAGAAUCACUAAUACGAAUUGCAUUUCAAUGUCUGCAAUUGGUUGUCACGGACUUUUUGCCCGUAAUGCCAUGGCGAUGUUUACCGUUAUGUGUGAACACUGCAGCAAAAUUCGGAUCCCAAACACAAGAACUUAACAUUUCACUUACGGCUGUUGGAUUGAUGUGGAACAUCUCCGACUUCUUUAAUCAAAAUCAGGAAAAAUUGUCUCAAACUCUGACUGACGAUUCCAAUGUUUUGCCUGACUUUCCGGGCACACUGAAUAUGCCACAAUUCGACAAGUUGUGGAUGUGUCUCUUCGCUCGGCUUGGUGACCUGUGCGGUGAUCCGAGACCAGCGGUAAGAAAAUCUGCUGGCCAGACGCUUUUUUCCACCAUUUCGGCACACGGAAAUCUGUUAAACCCCCCAACAUGGCAAGCAGUUCUAUGGCAAGUAUUAUUCCCACUACUGGAUAAAGUGCGAAAAUUGUCGAGCUCGGCAAGUAGUGAAAAGGUCGACACAAGCGGAAAUAUUUUGAUUCACCACUCACGCAACACCGCACAAAAGCAGUGGGCAGAAACGCAAGUUCUAACGUUAUCGGGAGUGUCGAGAGUUUUCAAUACGAAACGACAACUGCUGCAAAUGUUAGGUGAUUUCCCUCGGGCUUGGUCACUCCUCUUAGAAUUUAUUGAAAAUGCCGCCCUCAGCAAAAGUAAUGAAGUGUCACUGGCUGCGUUAAAAUCAUUCCAAGAGAUUUUGUAUAACAAACCUGACGACACCACUGAUGGUACACUGGAUAUGAAUGUGCCGAUAGUAGCAACAAAAGCAGAGCCGGUGGACAGCAUUGACAUUUGGAAUGUUGCCUGGAAAGUGUGGCUAACGAUCGGAACUGAAAGUACUCGUCCGCCAGAUAAUCUGCCCGAUAAAUCUGACGAGAUUUAUAUACCGAGUCAAGCAUUUUUGACGGCAUUGGUGCAAAUAUUUCCAGCGCUCUUCCAACACAUUCACAUAAAGUUCAAUGAGACCGACCUAAACAAACUGUGUGCAGUGUUAAUGAACGCUGUUGCAGUUCCUGUACAUAGCGAUUCAACUCCGUACAUUAUGUCAACUAUAUCCGAUUCUCUGUUAACUCCGCUACAUGAUGGAGUGCUGGACUGUAUGGAACUAUUGCAAAAGGAAGCAAUGUCAAACAAAUCAAAUUUAAAGCCAAUGCUUCCGUCAAUUUUCAAUCAACUGCUAAGCUUUAGUAAAUUUGCUUGUGUACCUCCAACAUUUGAACGAGUAGAAACAAGGCCAAUGAAAUCGAAUCGAACCCAAUCGCAUUCAACCGUUGAAUGGGUCAGUAUGAAUUACAUUCCAUUCGGCGAAAAAUCUCUGACGGUCGCAGUAAAACUGUAUCAACGAACGGCCAGUGAAGAAACGGUCAUAGAAGGGCACAUUUUGCACGAAAUUAUCAAAGCGCUGUCGUUGCCUUUGUCGUUGAAAUACAAAUGCAUGGCAUCAUCAACGUGGAAGCUAGCAAUUAAUAGUCUAAUAUCUGUGCUACACACCGGUCUUCAGGUGGCUCGAUCGAAUCCGAGUGGAUUUAGUGGCAUGUGGCUGGAUUUAUCCGAGACGAUCGAUAAAUUUUUGUUCCCAUCAAGUGUUUGCACCAUCGAAGAUCGUGGUAUCGACGAAAUUGUUCUGGACGAAACAAUUGACUGCCAGGUCAUCGAAUUGUUGCGGGAUGAAGUUCUGCCACAUUCGCAUGAAAUUCCGCACCAGUUCAUCUUGAAUGUUGUUGUGAUUUUAAACAAAGGCUCGAUACAUUCGGCCACAACGUCGACGAUUGGUUGUGAUUCGGAUUUGAAGUUACGCGAGGAAUUCGCCAAAACGUGCUUUGAGACGUUGUUGCAAUUUUCGCUGCUGGACGACAGUAGUAACAACAACAAUAACAACAGUAAUACCACCGAAGGCGGAGUGGCAGGACGUUUGGCUGUGACGGCAUUGCUUCAUCGCUUUCAGGAAGUGCUGAAAAAGUUCAACGAUGACGAACGACAGAGUGGAAAAUGUCCAUUGCCUAGGUACCGAUUGUCAGAAAUUUCAUUCGUUUUGAAGGCCGUUGCAACCCUUAUCAUUUCGAUGAAGAAAGCACCACCCGCCAAAGUUGGACGAACCGCUUGGGAACAAUUAAUUGGUCUAUAUCAAUACCUAGUUGACUGCACCACAACCAAUUCACCGGAAGUGUCUCGAUCUCUUCGCGAAGCACUGAUGCAGUACAGUGAUCUACUUUCGCCGCCCUCCAAUGCAACAAACAUUACAAACGGUAGUCAUUGCUAACAGAGCCGAUCAAUUGCCAGUAGAUUAGCGUAGGUCGCUGAUAUUGCAUGAAAUAAAAAUUUGAACCUUUUUUCAAUUUAUGAAAGGGUUUUUCCUUCAAAGAAAAUCAAACAAAACAAAAAUUCGUAGAGAAAAUAAUAAAAUUUUAACACACGCCAAACGGUCUAUAGUUGGAUUUACGUUUGGAUUACCAUACACACAACAAUGUAAGACGAGAUAAUGUCAUUCGGAUGCAUUGGCCGCAACGACGGCAUAUAGUUCUUUU